UUCCGGAAAACCUGCUGAGACUCCAAGAGGCCCCUGAAGGUCCUGUCUUUAUUUUGGUGACGCCCAGAAGAGAAUGCUGCAGACAUGUUUAACCCACACAUAUUAGAUUCUCCGGCCGUUAUUUUCGACAAUGGAUCCGGGCUCUGCAAAGCAGGGCUGUCCGGGGAGAUCGGGCCCCGUCACGUCAUCAGCUCCAUGGUGGGGCACCCGAAAUUCAAGACGCCCAACCCAGGAGCCAAUCAGAAGAAGUACUUUGUGGGGGAGGAAGCCCUGUACAAGCACGAGACCUUGCACCUGCACUCCCCCAUCGAGCGGGGCCUGAUCACGGGCUGGGACGACAUGGAGAAGCUCUGGAGGCACCUCUUCGAGUGGGAGCUGGGGGUGAAGCCCAGCGACCAGCCGGUGCUCAUGACGGAGCCCUCCUUGAACCCCAGGGAGAAUCGAGAGAAGAUGGCCGAGGUGAUGUUCGAGAGCUUCAGCGUGCCCGCCUUCUACCUGUCUGACCAGGCUGUGCUGGCGCUCUACGCCUCGGCCUGCGUCACGGGCCUGGUGGUGGACAGCGGGGAUGGGGUCACCUGCACCGUGCCCAUCUUUGAGGGCUACUCCCUGCCUCAUGCGGUCACCAAGCUCUAUGUGGCAGGCAGGGACGUCACAGAGCUCCUCACCCGGCUCCUCCUGGCCAGCGGACGGACCUUCCCAUGCCUGCUGGACAAGGCCCUGGUGGACGACAUCAAAGAGAAGUUGUGCUACGUUGCCUUAGAGCCAGAGAAGGAGCUGUGCCGGCGGCCCGAGGAGGUCCUGAGGGAGUACAAGCUCCCGGACGGGAACGUCAUCUACAUCGGGGACCAGCUGUACCAGGCGCCCGAGGCCUUGUUCUCGCCUGAGCAACUGGGCACCCAAAACCCGGGGCUGGCCAAGAUGGUUUCUAGCAGCAUCACCAAGUGUGACGGAGACAUCCAGAAGACACUCUUCGGGGAGAUCGUGCUGUCCGGAGGCACCACGCUGUUCCAGGGGCUGGAUGACCGGCUGCUGAGGGAGCUAGAGCAGCUGGCUUCCAAAGGCACCCCCAUCAAGAUCACGGCUCCCCCCGACCGCUGGUUCUCCACAUGGAUCGGGGCCUCCAUCGUCACUUCUCUGAGCAGCUUCAAGCAAAUGUGGGUCACCGCUGCAGACUUCAAGGAGUUCGGGACAUCCGUGGUCCAGAGAAGAUGCUUCUGAAGGGCCUUGCGCGUCAGGCGGCCGGGGCCGCUGGCGGGACACUCCUGGGAAGUG